AUGGAACUUGGCUUAUCUCAAGUCGCGUUCUGCGCUGCUCCCCCGGAGUCGUGCGUUCAGCAUUCGCUUAGCUCACGGCAACCCAAGCUCAGCUCUCCAGUUUCCUCGUGUGCUUCCCUUAUUCAACGCUCAUACACUUCGUACUAUGGCGGCUCGCCUAGCCUCCACUUUCCGUCUCUUAGCAAGAAGCUAUUUUCCACGCAAAGCUUAGUAGCGGCUUCUACUAGAGGCGUAGGUUUUCGUGGUCUCCGCGGCACUGCGUCCCCGCGUCGCAUCGCCACGGUCCAUGCGACCAGCUCCCCGCGUCCCAGUGUCAGCAGCAGCGUAGCUUCUAACGGGGAUGGACUCGUUAAUGGAUGUAGUCCAGGCAACGGAGCUGAAGCGCACGACGAGGGGAUCGUUUCGCGGAAGCCGUGCUGCGAGUCGCUCGAUCAGCCAGACCGGAAUCUCCUGUCGUUGUCACCAUCGGAAGCCCCAUGGACGGUCCUGAUCCACCGCCUUGCCCUCUGGCGGUCGCAUCUGAGCCGUCAAUUCCACCUCCCGGAACCGUCCGACAUCCUGAGAGAAGCCGGCCGGCUGUUCGUGUCGCUGGCCGUCAGCGCCGUGCUGCUGACGUCCGUCAGCGCGCCGGCGACGGCCAUCGUGCAAGCUCCACCGCGCAAGUUGAUGCCGGAUGAGCAGGCGACGGUUCAGCUAUUCAACGAAACGACCCCAAGUGUCGUUUACAUUACGAAUCUGGCCGUUCGGAGGGACGUGUUUACACUUGACGUGAUGGAGGUGCCGCAGGGGUCCGGGUCGGGGUUCAUCUGGGACCGCGAAGGCCACGUGGUGACGAAUUACCACGUGAUUCGUAACUCUAGCGACCUGCGAGUAACGCUGGCGGACCAAUCGGUGUACGCGGCUGACGUGGUGGGGUACGACCGUGACAAGGACGUGGCAGUGCUGCACAUCGAUGCGCCCAGGAGCAAGCUCAGGCCGCUGAGAGUGGGGAGUUCCUUCGACCUGCAAGUGGGGCAGCGGGUGUACGCCAUCGGGAAUCCCUUCGGAUUGGAUCACACCCUCACCACAGGCGUUAUCAGUGGGUUGCGGAGGGAGAUCAGCAGUGCAGCAACGGGGCGGCCCAUCCAGGACGUGAUACAGACAGACGCGGCCAUCAACCCGGGCAACAGCGGGGGUCCGCUGCUCGACUCCAACGGCAACCUCAUCGGCAUCAACACCGCUAUUUACUCGCCUUCCGGGGCCUCGUCUGGGGUCGGCUUCUCCAUCCCUGCUGACACGGUAGCGGGCAUAGUGGAGCAGAUAAUCAAGUACGGCCAGGUCACACGCCCUGUGCUGGGCAUCUCCUUCGCCCCUGAGCAGUCUUUGGAGCAGCUGGGCGUGGCAGGCGUGCUCGUGCUCGAUGCUCCCCCUUCCGGGCCUGCAGGGAAAGCGGGCAUUCGGCCAACAACGCGGGACAGCUAUGGGCGGUUGGUGCUGGGGGAUAUCAUCACGGGCAUUGACGGCAACACUGUGAGGAAUGGCUCUGAUCUCUACCGCAUCCUCGACCGCUGCAAGGUUGGCCAGAAGGUGGAGGCAAGAGUGCUGAGAGGAGACAACGAAGUUACAAUCACAAUCACCCUGGAAGGGAAGAGCUGA